AUUUUGACGUAACUAUAUUUUAACUGUAACCAACUUCAAGCUCAUCCUGUCUUUUUGGCGUGGAUUCUUCACAUGAAUAGACGUCUUUGGUCUUUUUGAGCAAAAUGGGUGCCUAUCGUUAUAUGCAGGAAUUAUACAGGAAGAAGCAGAGCGAUGUAAUGCGUUAUCUGCUUCGAAUUCGAGUAUGGCAAUAUAGGCAACUAACGAAACUGCAUAGAUCCCCUAGGCCUACUCGUCCUGACAAAGCUCGCCGCUUGGGAUAUCGUGCUAAGCAGGGAUAUGUAAUCUAUAGGAUUCGAGUUCGACGUGGAGGCCGCAAGCGUCCAGUACCAAAAGGAUGCACAUACGGUAAACCCAAGAGCCAUGGAGUCAAUGAACUUAAACCUUACCGUGGAUUGCAGUCAAUCGCAGAAGAACGUGUUGGACGUAGACUAGGAGGUCUACGAGUUCUAAACUCUUAUUGGGUAGCUCAGGAUGCUUCUUAUAAAUAUUUUGAAGUUAUAUUAGUGGAUAUACAUCAUAACGCGAUAAGACGUGAUCCAAAAAUAAAUUGGCUCUGCAAACAUGUUCACAAACAUCGCGAGCUUCGUGGAUUAACCUCGGCAGGCAAGAGCUCUCGUGGAAUUGGUAAAGGCUACCGCUAUUCGCAAACGAUUGGAGGCUCACGUCGUGCUGCAUGGAAGCGUAAGAAUACUUUGCAAAUGCAUCGUAAACGCUAGAAUUGAAAUACUGUGUUUAUUGAUAUAUCAUUAAAUAUAAUAGAAAAUGCGUUUUCUAUAAAAUUA